AUGGCGGGCACGGCACGUCAUGACCGAGAGAUGGCGAUCCAGUCCAAGAGGAAGCUCACCACGGCCACCGAUCCCAUUGAAAGACUCCGACUGCAGUGCCUGGCCAGGGGCUCCGCAGGCAUCAAAGGUCUUGGCAGAGUGUUUCGAAUUAUGGAUGACAAUAACAACCGGACCCUUGAUUUCAAAGAAUUUUUGAAAGGACUAAAUGAUUAUGCUGUGGUCAUGGAAAAGGAAGAGGCAGAAGAGCUCUUCCGGAGGUUUGAUAAAGAUGGAAAUGGAACAAUAGACUUCAAUGAAUUUCUUCUCACAUUAAGACCUCCAAUGUCUAGAGCCAGGAAAGAGGUAAUUAUGCAAGCUUUUAGGAAGUUAGACAAGACCGGAGAUGGAGUUAUAACGAUUGAAGAUCUUCGUGAAGUGUAUAAUGUGAAACACCAUCCUAAGUACCAAAAUGGAGAAUGGACCGAAGAACAAGUAUUCAGGAAGUUUCUGGAUAACUUUGAUUCACCCUAUGACAAAGAUGGAUUGGUGACCCCCGAGGAGUUUAUGAACUACUAUGCAGGGGUGAGCGCAUCCAUUGACACUGAUGUGUAUUUCAUCAUCAUGAUGAGAACUGCCUGGAAGCUCUAA